UACUUCUUCCGCAGUCGGCCGGCGGCACGACCCAGGCCUUCUCCCGGCGUGCGUCGGCUCUGCCGGCGACAGAGGAAUUCUGGGUAACGACCGUGGCCAGCCGGGCGGCUGGCUCCGCCCAGCAGGUUCUACUCACGCCGGAGCAGUUGGCGGUGGCGGUUGUCGGGCCCGGAGCAGCGGGACAUGGAGCAGCCGUGGCCGCCGCCGGGCCCCUGGAGCUUCCCGAGGACUGACGGGCAGGCCGAGGAGGAGAGCGACUUGGACGUGUCCCCCUCUUCGACCCACUACCCGCCGGUGCCUGGCGGCGGCGCCCAGAUGUAUAGCGAUGGGAUUGAGCUGGCUUGCCAAAGGCAGAAGGAAUUUGUGAAGAGCUCUGUGGCGUGCAAAUGGAAUCUUGCUGAAGCCCAGCAGAAACUUGGCAGCUUGGCACUGCAUAACUCUGAGUCCUUGGAUCAGGAACACGCCAAAGCUCAGACUGCAGUGUCGGAGCUGAGGCAGCGGGAGGAAGAGUGGCGGCAGAAGGAGGCGGCGCUGGUCCGGAGAGAGGGCACGUGUCUGCGCAACACGGAUGCUGUUAGCAAAGACGUUUUUAAUAAGAGUUUUAUUAAUCAAGAUAAAAGAAAAACAGAAGAUGAAGAUAAAUCACAAUCAUUUAUGCAGAAAUAUGAACAAAAAAUUCGACAUUUUGGGAUGUUGAGUCGGUGGGACGAUAGUCAGAGAUUUCUGUCUGACCACCCAUACCUUGUAUGCGAAGAAACUGCUAAAUAUCUUAUUUUAUGGUGUUUUCACCUGGAAGCUGAACAGAAAGGUGCUUUAAUGGAACAAAUAGCACAUCAAGCUGUGGUAAUGCAAUUUAUCAUGGAAAUGGCCAAAAACUGUAAUGUGGAUCCAAGAGGCUGUUUUCGUUUGUUUUUCCAGAAAGCCAAAGCAGAGGAAGAAGGUUAUUUUGAAGCAUUCAAAAAUGAACUUGAAGCUUUCAAGUCAAGAGUAAGACUUUAUGCCCAAUCACAGAGCUUUCAGCCUGCGACAGUUCAGAAUCAUGUUCCCCAUUCUAGUGUUGGAUGCGUAGGCUCCUUAGACUCCUUAUCACAGGCUCCAAGAUUUUAAGACCAGCUUUAGCCAGUUUAUUCUGUUGUCUACAUUGGGAGAUGGAAAGUGUCAUUCAGAAGACAAUAUGAGGAGAGUCCUGUAUUUAUCUUUAAGCCUCAUAAAAUGAAUCCAGACUAUCUUCAGUGUUCUGUCAGCACAGCCCUCUGCAGUUUAAACUCAGAGGCACAGAAAGAAGACGAGGACAAAAUGAUGGACACUGUGUGACUCAGUUAAGACUGCUGAGGCCAAGGACUAUUUUGUUACAAGAAAGGAAGAGCUUGGCUAUUUUCUUGACACUUUUAUGGGUGCUGCACUUUAUUUUUGUUCGAUUUUUGAUGGGAGGGAAAAGAGUACUGAAGUGUUUUGCAACUUUUUUUAUGUGCUGCUAGGGUUUUUGUUGUUUUGUUUUGUUUCUGAAGGGAGGAGCGGUACUAUAUGUUGCAGGAAGUCAAACUGGACUCUUCCCCCACCCCUCAGUUACUAAAUUUGCCUUUAACUGUUCUUAAUUUUGGAAUCAAAGUAUGAAAAUCUGCACAAUGCAAUGUUUACAAGACUGGUUGACUGAGGAGGCAUCUGCUACAGAGUUGUAAUGUGGAUACGUACAUGUCCCGCUUCACGGAGAGAAUUAAAGAGAAAAGUGUGCUUGUGUUCCACUGCAAAGUUCAGCUGUCACAUCUGGUGUUCAUCACAUUAAAAGCAAUAAAUCGGUAGUGGUAACCUACUUUACUAAUCAGUAAACUGGAUGACACAAAUUAUUGUUUUAAGGUAAUAUUUACAUUUGUAUUUUCGACACCACCAGUUAACUCCUUGACUAUAAAUUUGAUAUUAAAAACAUGACAUUUAUCCCUCAAGUAGUUUCAAAACUGGUCAGAAGUGAGUUGACUUUGUCCUGAUGACUGUUAAAUAUUAAGGAGUGUAGCACGUGUAGAGAGCGAUACAGUUUUCUGUUUUCCAAUAAGAUGAACUGCAGGCUUACUCUGACUUCUUCACUUGACAUAGUCUGGGACCUCUCAGGGAGUAAGUUUUGAAGAAUAGUAACGGCCUGUGAGAACAAACAGGAGGAGUAAGAUCAUUGUUAAGUCACCGUUAUUGUAUGUUUCCCUCUGGUGAAGCCUCGAGAAAUGUAGAGCUGCCAACCAUGUCUAAGAAUUUGGUAACAGUCACCCUCGGUGGUGACGGGUUUCACUCCAGCUGUUACUCGCUUCUAGCUCAGUUCCGAUGCUUCUGAGCUUUAGUUCUUCCUAUGUAACACUGCAGAUCCACCAGGAUGUUUGAUGAUUCUUUUUAUUUAGAAUUAGAUGACAGUGCCAAUUAUGAUAUCCUUAUUAUUUGAGGAUUAAUCUUCCGACUUACAGGAGCAUUAUAGUUGAGUGUAAUCUUUGGCUCAGUACCCACUUCAAUCGUAGCAAAUAUUUGGAAAGUGGGUGUUUGGGGUUGAGAAUGCAGGUCUCAGUUUGAGUAAGGAAAUCAUGCUGAGCUGCUGCAUGGUUCACAGAUGUGACCUCAGCUCCAUCUGUCUUUUCAGCCAGUGGGGCUGACUUAGGUGAUGGGGCGCCCAGUUUUAUGGAAAUGGACUGGAAUCGUUGAAUCAUAUUCCUGUAAUGUCAAUCUUCCUGGUUCCCAGAAUAAAAGUCUUUUUGUGCUUUUGAUAUAAAAAUAUAUACUCUAUAAUAAAAUGUUUGACUAAUUUA